ACCACAUGUACUGUAAGUAAAAUAAAAUAUAUAUAAAAUACUGGGUAUACAAGCUAAAAAUUUAAUUUAUUAUUAUAUUGUUUUAAAUAGUUUUUCGCGUUUUUCUAUACUAACAUAACAGUAAAAAAUAAUUACCAAAUAAAAUUUAACCAUACAAUUUCUUCACUUGUCUUAAUUGUUGUGAGUGUUUUUGUUUUCUUUUUUUAGAUGGGGAUCACCAUUUGUAUAAAUAUUUGCUAUUUUUUGCUGUGAAGUUGAAGAUUAUAUUUGUGAUUGUAACCAUAUUCACAGUAGUUAUAGUUGGGGGUAAAGUUAUGGCUCUUAUCUAUUACUUAAAAUCAAAAAAUAAAGAUGGAGAUUGUAUUUCGGAAACCGUCCCGGAAAAAAUUGUUUAUGCUUCACCCCCUCACCACCACGGUUAUAAGUAUGUCGAACCAUCAGGUUCGCAUUAUCACAAAUACGAAUCCCAUCAACCACCUGAUUACCAUCCAGAUGAAUCGCAAACGCAAAAAACUCACGAAGCACCACCUAACACUUACGAAGAACGGUACGGAAUUGCGCCCAAAUACAACACCAAGCCUUAUUCGUCGAAAAAUACUUAUAACCCAUAUGUAUUAAAGUAUUCAACGAUUAACCCUGUCAAGUUGAACGACCAUCUUUCAAUACGUGGAGGACGAUCGGUACGAAGUACCGAUGGAAAAAUUGACGAAAAAAUAAAUAAAAUAGCAGAUUUUAUUAUGAGGUACGCAAAACAAUAGUAAAAAAGUAAAAAUAACAUAAAAGUCAGUAAAAAAGAGAAAACUAUGUUUAAUACAGGUUUUCAGUACGUGAAAAUUGACAUGAAUACUAAUAAAAAUCCGCACUUUUAGUCACUAAUCAAAUUAAUAUUAAAAUUAAGCAAUAUCUGCUGUUCAUGUACAAAGAUUAUCCCAUAGGGAUUUUGACAAUGUUGAAAUCAAAGAAACAACCCGAAAUUCUUCUGACCCUUUAGCUGCUUUAUUGUAGCCUCUUCAACAUUUCAAUUUCUAUAUAUUUUUUAUGUUCAACACUUAUAAAAAAUCUUAUGUUAACUGGUUAUUGAUAUUAUGAAAAAGUCUUAGGUAGAAACUCUGUAGCUGAAAAAGAUACAAUAAAGUAGCAAAAUAUUCUGCCAAAGUUGGAAAACUUCAGUUAGCAGCAGAUAUUUAACUGGUAUUACUUAAUUUAUCGUGACUGCAUACGGUGUGUUGAUGAGACAUAAUAAGAUCCGCGUUCUACGUCAAUAAAUGACCAAUAGGAUGGGCCGAAAAUCCGCUUUCUUUUUAUUUCUUUAAUUAAUAUCAGAAAAAUUGUUCAUUAUACUAAAAAAAAAACUGUACAAAGGGAAAAAUUUUUGAGUCGAUAUCUCAGGCUGCUCAAAUUGAGCUAAAGUUUAAAGUGUUUAAAAUACUUUUUUCUCAACUCAACUUGAUCGGAAAUUCACUUCCUCAUAAAAAAGUCCUGAUAGCAAAUUGUGUAUGAUUACUAAUUUCUCAGAUAAUUGCAGUUUUAAUGAAAAUUUGAGAUUUUUCUUCAUAUCCAUACUUUUUAUGGAUGAAAAAUAAUA